UGACAACUUAACCUAAAAUCUCUCAUCUGCUUUGCUAACCUAACCUAACAAAAAGCACAGUAAAAGAGUCCUAGUGCUCCUGCUGACCUACUACUACUGAUCUAAAAAUAUUUUAUAGAAGUGAUUCAUUAUUUGGAUGAAAAAAUGCAUAGGUGUGAUCUGAUGUGAUUGCCAUUAUAAUUAUCACUGAUUAAAAAAAAAUCAUGUCAUCAAACUUCCAGGAUCUCAAAUGGUCCUCCGUAGAAGUAUUUUUCUUUUAAUUCUUGCUUCUAUUUCAAUAUUUUUGGUAACAACAAAUUUUUUAUUGACCUUUUUACCUCCCCUGGAUACCAACCGGGUAGAGAAAAUACCUAUCAAAGAAAAAAUCCAGUGGGAACUAGCUCAAUUGCCUUCCCAAUACAAAACUGAUUCAUUUGUUAACAACAGAUGGAUUGAAUCAUUUUUGAAAAAUACCAGAAAGAAGUUCCAUUCAAACCUCAAUGAAGUAGCUCUAAGGAGCCUUUGGGAAGAGGCAAAUUCAUGGGUAUCACCUAAACAACUUUACAAUGUGAAUAGUACAAACUUUGGUAAAGUACUGUUUGCUUUGAAAAAUGCAGACAUUGUUCAAGCAGAUAUAGAUACCCGGGGCACUCAAUUGAAAAUUUUGCUUACUCUUCAGGGAAACCAGCAAGUUGUAUUUAAACCAAAGUGGUAUUCCAAAGACAAAGUAAUAGAAGGCUCUGUAACCUCUGGGAAGGACAGAUAUAAUUCAGAAAUAAUUGGAUUCUAUCUCUCAGUUAUUAUGAAAAAGCCACUUUGUCCCUUAAGUGUCCAGAGGCAUAUAUCACUAAAGAAUGACAUAAUCCCAGUUGCUACAGAAAGGUUACUUUCCACCAGUUUCAAGAAAAAUAACAAAACUUGUAUAUUUGGUAAAUGUUUUUACUGCAAAAUGAAUGACUCUGUCUGUGAUGAUGAAAAUUCAGGCUUGACUGGUGCUAUUAUUUUCAAUAUCAAAGGAAACCUGGAGAAAUUCAGGUCACCUUGGCAAAGAACAUAUAAAUCAGGAAAAACAGCAAUAUGGGAACAAUACCCUGAGAAAUAUUGCAAAUCUGUGAAAGAAAAAAUGCCCAAAUCACGUUUAUAUGACUUGAUAGAUGUAUCAAUUUUUGAUUUUCUUAUACAAAAUGGUGACAGACACCAUUAUGAAACCCUAGGUAAUAAUGUCAUUUGGUUAGAUAAUGGCAAGGGAUUGGGAAAUCCUUACAUACAUCAUAUUGAUAUCUUGGCACCUUUAUAUCAGUGUUGCAUGUUGAGAAAAUACACAUGGAAAAGUUUACUGGAAUUAACUGGAGGAAAGAUUAAACAGAAUUUGGAAUUGAUGCCAGAUAUUCAGACUCUAACCACACAGGAACAUCUGACAGCCAUAGAAGAAAGACUUUUACUAGUAUUUGCAACAUUUGAAUUUUGCAGACAUAAACAGAAUGAUGAAAGUUUGUUAUAACAAUUUUUUAAUAAAUGUUGAUCCACAUAAGCCUAUCAACAUUUUUUUGUUUCCUACUUUUUUCAAUUGAUUAAUAGAAGAUCAGGUAAUAAUCUGAUGUAGUGCUAAAAUUAUCAAAGAUACAUGUAAUGUACCUAGAAAUGACAAGUAUAUCAUGUCAUGUUCAAGGUACCUCUAUAAUUUGUACAAUUUGAUAGAGAGUUAUUUAGAUUAUUUUACCUACCAAACCCACCUCUACAAUUUGGGCUUGGUUCAAUCAUUUGAUCACUUUCUUGCCAUUGAGCAGGGGUUUUUGCCUCAAUAGAUAGUGCAUGGACACCAUUCUGGAGUUCUGCCUUUAGGACUUCAUUUACCAUUCUAU